AUGAAGCGGAAGUUGCGAUUGUCUUUUCUUCACUACUGUGACGUCUAUCUGAGUGAAACGGCAUCUGAAAUGAGAGGGCGUCUAUAUCACUGUGGCAUUACAGAUGUUUCUUCUUUAACUCAGUCUUUGACUAAAUCGAAAGCACUGCAGUUUUUAAAAGAUCUUGAUCUGAGUUUAAAUAUGAUAGGAGACUCAAAGCAGCGGCUCAGAGACGUGCUACGAGACUCAAACUGUGACCUGAGGUUAAGCAAAGAUAAACUAGAAAAUAUUGGAGGAAAUGGAAGUCAUAAAGUGGUAUGUGUAAGAUCAGGAUCACAUGUGUCCAGCUCUGUGUCUCUGAAGAGUGAUCAGUCAAAAGACAGAGUACCAGACUUCAGUGGGGAAAAACCAUCAUCUAAUAAAAGGCUUCAAUAUGAGACAUUAGACUCAGACGUUCAGACUCACAGGAACCACAAGAAUUUCAAAGACAAUCUCCUGUGGAUCUUCCAGGAUCUUGAGAGCAAAAUAAUCAAAUUUCUGAAGAAAGAGCUGGAAAAGUUUAAGAAAAUAUUACAAAAUGAGAACACAGAAAACUUUGUGAAGGACUUUAAUGAGAAUAGAUGCAGUAUCAAAGCAGCAGCUCUUGAUCUCACACUACAUUACCUGAGAGAGAUGAAGCAAGAUGAAGCUGCUGAUGCUCUAGAAGGUGAGCUGAUCCUCAUUCAUCAGCUAAAAUGUGGCCUAAAGAAGAAGUAUCAAUGUGUGUUUGAAGGAAUUGCGAAGCAUGGUGACUCCAUACUUCUGAAUAACAUCUACACAGAUCUCUAUAUCACUCAGGGUGGCAGUGAACAGGUCAAUACUGAACAUGAGGUCAGACAGAUUGAAGUUGCUUCCAGGCGUCAUGAAUCUCAAGAGAUUCAGGUUAAAUGCACAAAUUUGUUUGAAGCUCCUGAACAAGACGAGGAGAUCCGAACUGUACUGACAAAAGGAGUUGCUGGCAUCGGAAAAUCAGUCUCUGUGCAAAAGUUUGUUCUGGACUGGGCUGAAGGAAAAGAAAAUCAAGAUAUCAGUUUCAUAUUUCCUCUUCCAUUCAGAGAGUUGAACUUAAAGGAGAAAGAAAAACUAAGUUUGAUGGACCUUAUAACUCAUUUUUUCCCAGAGACAAAAGGACUGAACCUUACAAGAAGGAAUCAAUUCAAAGUCCUAUUCAUCCUUGAUGGAUUGGACGAAUGUCGCCUUCCUCUGAAGUUUGAUUGUAAUGAGACGUGGUGUGAUGUAUCGUCACCAGCCUCUCUGGAUGUUCUCCUAACGAACCUCAUGAAGGGAAAUCUGCUUUCUUCUGCUCUCAUCUGGAUCACCACCAGACCAGCAGCUGCCAGUAAGAUUCCUCCUGACUGUAUCGACCGGCUGACAGAGAUACGAGGAUUCAGUGACGCUCAAAAGCAAGAGUACUUCAAAAAAAGAUUCACGGAUCAGAAUCAGGCCAUCACAAUCAUUGAUCAUGUUAAAAAGUCAAAGAGUCUCUUUAUCAUGUGCCACAUCCCAGUCUUCUGCUGGAUUUCAGCCACUGUUCUCCAGAACAUUCUGGAGGAGAAAAGAAAUAAUGAUGUGAAAAACAAUCAGGCUGAUGAGAUCUCUAAAACACCACAGGAAUCAAAUACUGAAGACACUCCCAAAACUCUGACACAAAUGUACACACACUUUCUCCGCUUUCAGAUCCAGCAGAGCCGCCAAAAGUAUGAUGGAGAAUACACAGCAGAUGUUUCCUGGGAUAAAGACGCCAUCCUUUCACUGGGGAAACUGGCAUUUCAUCAACUGCAAAGAAACAACGUGAUCUUCUAUGACACAGACCUGGAAGCCUGUGGUAUUGACGUCUAUAAGGCAUCAGUGUACUCAGGCAUGUGUACCCAGAUCUUUAAGGAGGAAACAGGGAUCAUUCUUGGUACCAUGUACUGCUUUGUUCACUUGAGCAUUCAAGAGUUUAUUGCAGCCCUUUAUGCACAUCUGUUUCUAGACAUCAACAAGAAAAGUGUGUUUGUUCAUGAGUCUACAGAACAGGAAAACAAAAAUGAAACCAUGAUUGAUUUUCUGAAGACUGCAGUGGACGAGGCGCUCAAGAGUGACAAUGGACACCUGGACCUUUUCCUUCGCUUCCUCCUCGGUCUGUCACUCCAGUCCAAUCGACGACUCUUACGGGGUCUGUUGACACAGCGAGACGGCAAUGACCAGAGCAACAAGGAAAUAGUUCAGUACAUCAAGCAGAAAUUAGAAGGUAAUCUGUCUGCAGAGAGAUCCAUCAAUCUGUUCUACUGUCUGAAUGAACUGAACGACCAAACUCUGGUGAAGGAGAUUCAGACCCACCUUAGCAAAGGAAGUCUCUCAUCUGGUGACCUUUCACCUGCCCAGUGGUCUGCUUUGGUCUUUGUGUUGUUGACAUCAGAGGAAGAGCUGGAGGAGUUUGAGCUUCAGAAAUUCAAGAAAUCAGACGAGUGUCUCAUUAGAUUAUCGGCAGUCAUCAAAACCUCCAGAAGAGCUCUGUUAAAUGACUGUAACUUAACAGACAAAAGCUGUUCAGCUCUGGCUGCAGUUCUUGGAGCAGAUACUAAUCUGAAAGAGCUGAACAUGAACAAUAAUAAUCUGCAGGAUUUAGGAUUGAAGCUGCUCUGCACUGGACUGAAGAAUAUAAACUGUAAAUUGGAGAUACUGAGGUAAGUUGAGCCACAGGAGUCAAAUGCCGAGAGUGAGGUGCAAUGACUGACGGGAUGUUGUCAGAGGCAAAAGCGCAAGAGAACUUUUGUUAAUAAAUGUUGCAUUUUUUUGUUUAAAGUGCCCCUAUUAUGGAUUUUUGAAAAUUAUCUUUUAUGUAGUGUGAAACAUAGCUCUAAAUGAUUGAAAACAUCCUGCAAAGUUUUAAAUCUGAAAGUGCACCGUAUAUUAAGUUAUUGUCUCUCAAAAGUAAGAGUAGACUCUGAAUCAAUUAAACGAGUCAUUUGUAAAACGAAUCUUAAGCUGUAAGUACGAUUAAUAAUUGUUGCCACAUUUGACAGACUGACUGUUUUGUAGGAAAGAAUGUAGUUAUAAUUCUCACAGAGAAAAUAAUUUAAAUUAGUUAAGUUUUUAAGGAGCCAAGAUACAAAACUGCCCCCUAACAAAAAGACUAGUAAAAAAAUACAUUAAAUUCUUCUAUACAAAUAUGCGAUUAGCAAGGACUAAAAUCCAGUGUCUUACAUCCACACAGUUCUGAGUUUCAGUUCAAUGGCCUAAGUAGACUAACAUUACUGGACUGAAACCCUUAUAGGGUUCAAUCUGAACAUGUCAGUGACGUCUCCGCGUCCAAAUUCCAAGCCAGAGUCACCUCAUUCUCUGUAGCAUGUACAAUACGUAUUUAUCCUAGUUGUGUGUUGUGUUCGCUCCGUGCAGCUUGUAGGUCUCCGGCUAACCAGCUAACAGCAGUAUGUGUUCGCUCGCAAUUGUCUCGAAAUGUGUCCAAUGUUUUUUGUUGUUAUUACUUGGAGUUAUGAUAAAGAAUAGAGUAAUACGUUGGUGUACAACUGCAGUGCUUUAUCAAUACGUUUCUGCAUUGCACUUACGCAUAUACCAUGACUGUGUGUUUACCACCGAGCUGUGGGCUAGGUUCGCUAACAUAAACAACACAAAGCAACUUAAUUCCACUCUGAGUCUUUAUUUUUAGAACAGAGCGGAUCACCAUCAUUAUUAUUAUAAUAUAAUGUAAGUGAUGCAAGCACUAUAUACUGUACUCCGUGUUAACCAGCAGAAGUCAUCUGACCAAUCACCGCAGAUUAGCAUCACGCAAACAAGGGGUUCGGCAAAAUGAAUCAUUGAGCGAAUCAUUUGGGAGUUGUUGAGCAAAUAAAGUAAAAAUAAAUGCAUAUUAUAAGACAAUUAAUGUGUUUUUUGACCUUGCAUGAUUUUAAACCUGUUGUUGGGGACUUCCAAAACAAAAAUAGGAACCUUUCAAAUGCCAUAAUAGGGGCACUUUAAUAUAUGUGAGUUUGUUUUUGUUUUAUUGUUGCUGUGUUUUUCAUUAAAAAAUAAUAAUUAACUACGAACUAAGCAUUCGUUUAAAAACCCAAAGAUCUUUUAUUUAUUUGUUACAAUGUGGGUAUACCAUAUCAUCCGUCUUAUUAAUUUUGGUAAUAAAAGUCCAAUGUUUAAAAAGCGCAAUGGGCUCAGUGCUCAAGAUGGUGUCUUUGAGAUUUGGUGGUGUGAGUGUGUGCAGGUUUACCUCCACUCAUACUCUUUCAGUCUUAGUGAUGUUCGCAUUUACUGUAAGAAGAAACUUUUAUAUGAAGCUUGGCUAGGUAUAAUUAAUUUUUUUUUUUUUUAAAUUAAAGAGAAGAUGGGGUUACACUUUAUUUUACAGUGCUGUAGUUACAUUGUAAUUACUCAAAUAAGUACUGAGUACUAUUAAUUAAUUACAUGUACUUACUAUAGAGUUAGAGUUACAGUUAGGGUUAGGGUUUGGUUUAGGGUUAGUUACUUGUAAUUAUGCAUAAUUUACUGUUAUUACUAUAGGAAGUACAUGUAGUAAUGUGUAACUACGGUACUGUAAAAUAAAGUGUUACCGAAGAUGGUGGUCUAUCAGAGAUGAAAGAAAACAUUCUUACA